AUGGCCAAGGUUCAUCCUCUUUCAAUAUCCAAGACUGAUGAUGCUUCUACUACUAGCACUUCAUCAUGUUCUAAUAACAAGUACGUGACCUCAAAGAGAGAAACAUUCACAAUAUGGAUGAAAUCGCUUGUGAUGCAAGGAAAAGGAUGCACUGCGUUUGACGAAAAUGGAGAGAUCGUUUAUCGAAUCGAUAACUACAACAACAAGCACAGCAACGAAGUUUAUCUCAUGGAUCUCCGUGGGAAACUUCUCUUCACCGUGUGUGAGAAGAAAACGUGCUUUUUUCCAAGUUGGGAGGGGUAUAAAAAUAAUGGUGCCAAUAAGGCAUUGUUUCAAGUGAGAAAAAGUUGCAGCUCAAUUCUUGGAAAGAAAGGGUUUGCUUAUAAAGUAACCAUGAGAUCUGAUGGCAGCUGUUACCGGCUAGAGGGUUUGAGUGGUAAAUCAUCAGAAUUCAGAAUAACAGAUAGCAAUGGAGGAGUUGUAGCAGAGACAAAGAGAAAGCAGUCAAGUUCAGGAGUUGUAUUGGGAGAUGAUGUGUUCACUUUGGUGGUGGAGCCUCAUGUUGAUCACUCCUUUAUCAUGGCCCUUGUCACUGUUUAUGGCUUAAUUAGACAUCAAUUAUGACUUAAUUAGAGCAGUCUCAGAUACAUAUAUGCAUGUAUAUACUAUAUUCUUCUAGAGUGCAGAUCUAGAAUGAAAUCAACUGAGUCUUUUUUUGGCCAAUUUUGUACUUAUAGUGCUCCAUAAGUAAUACAUGACAACUUUA